CCACCACGCCAUCCACCUCCUCCCUUCUUCUUCUACUACUACCACUGUCCCAAAGAUGCCAAGAGGAUUCCUCGUGAAGAGAAACAAAAAAUCCACGCCUGUUUCCUACAGGAUCCGCAGCGAGGAUGCAUUUGAUCAGACCGACCCCCCCGGCGGCGGACCCCGGCAGUUCGGGACCCCGGACUCGGGCUACCACGCCCUGUACAGCCCCACGCGGCCGGUCAGCCAGGAGCACGAGAAGACCUUCUUCGAGAGGAGCUUUAACCUGGGGUCGCCGGUGUCGGCGGAGUCCUUCCCCAACCCGUCCGCCUUCACCGCCUUGGACCAGAUCCUCUUUGCUCCGGCCGAGGUCAAGCUCGGCCCGGGCAGCUUCGCCUGCGCCGCCCCCCGGGGGGCCAAGAGACCCCACCCCGAGCCCCAGCCGCACGGCGAGCGCCGGAGCAAAGCCCAGGCGAAGAAACCCAAAGCCAUCAGGAAGCUCAACUUCGAGGACGAGGUCACCACCUCUCCCGUCCUGGGUCUGAAGAUCAAAGAGGGACCCGUCGAGCCGAAGCCCAGACCCGCCUCCGGGACGGGGAAGCCUUUGGGCGAAUUCAUCUGCCAGCUGUGCAAAGAAGAGUACAUCGACCCCUUCUCCCUGGCCCAGCACAAGUGCUCCAGGAUAGUCCGGGUCGAGUACAGGUGCCCCGAGUGCGACAAGGUCUUCAGCUGCCCGGCCAACCUGGCCUCCCAUCGGCGUUGGCACAAGCCGCGGCCCCAGAACGGCAACGCGCCCCCGGCGCCGGGCGCGAAGGUCGCCCGAGCGGACACCAGCACCAGCACCACCAGCAGCACCACCAGCACCAGCACCAGCACCAAAGCCCUCGCCGGGGAUCCGAAGGAGAUCAGGAGGGAGAGCGCGGCCGACCGGGACACCCCCAGCCCCGGGUCGGCCCUCUCCGAGUCGGGCUCCGAGGACGGGCUGUACGAGUGCUACCAGUGCGGCAAGAAAUUCAAACGCCAAGCCUACCUGAGGAAGCACCUGGUCGCUCAUCAGGUCGUCCAGAGCGAGAGCCGCAAGACCUCCCGGGACCCGGGCGCCUAUCCGUUUCUCGGCGAAGAAGUGGCCGAGAAACAACCAUCGAAGGAGAGCCCCAGCCUCACCCCCCAACCCGCCCCCGCCCCCGCCCCCGCCCCAGCCCCAGCCCCAGCCCCAGCCCCGGGCUCCGGGCCGGGCUCCGAGUGUCACCUGUGCCAAGUGUGCGGGGAGAGCUUCUCCAGCAAAGGCAGUCAGGAGCGGCACCUCCGCCUGCACGCCUCCGAGGUAUUUCCUUGCAAAUAUUGCCCUGCCACCUUCUACAGCUCCCCGGGACUCACCAGACACAUCAACAAAUGCCACCCUUCGGAAAACAGGCAAGUCAUCCUACUGCAAAUGCCAGUGCGACCCGCCUGUUAGACAAGAACGAGAGGAGAGAGAAAAAAAAGGGGGAAAAACCGUGCCUUUUAUCAACACACCAUUGCUAAUGUAGCCACACACACACACA